CGGUCCUGCCCAGCCCAUCACAUAUCUGAAGGUAACGAUAACACUAAACCCUGUAAGUGUGAGGAGCAGAAGAAGAAAAUCGCGAUGUCGGAAAGGGAAGAGGAUAGCGACCUCGACGCCCCUGAGGAAUUUACUGCCAUUCAGGGCAUUGAGCAGGACGAGCAAAUCAGAAAAGUUGAAAGAGAUAACAAGUCCAGUUACAGAAACCCCUGACCACACUGUGACGCAGCCACUGGGCUCGCGCUGUCACGCAGCCACCGGACUCGCGCUGUCACGCAGCCACCGGACUCACACUGUAACGCAGCCGCGCGACUCAUGCCCGUUAAUUUUGAAGGUUGUUCCCGAUCUUUGGUUAUAAAUGAAUUGGGAGAAGGGAAGGAAGUGGAGGUGAGAUGCACCCAGUUCGUCUCUUAUGUGUCACCAGGGAUCAGCACCACGCACCGCCCUGUCCUCUUCAACCUUCUCCUCAUCCCCUAAUUGUCAAGAGAAGCUCUCUGUCGGGCCCGCGGCUCGAAUCCACAAACUGAUUGCAUCACAGUCAGACCCCCUGCUGCUUGCCAAAGAAAUCUGUGCUUUGGCAUCACGCCACCCUGAUGACUUCCGCCACUUUUAUGCUUCAUUCCACUCCCUCAUCAUCAAACUCGGCCCUUCUCGCCGCUUCUCACACAUCUUCUCUGCUGUCGGACUUCCCGAAAUCGCCCUCAAAACCUUUUACACGAUCUUGGAGUUCAACUUGAGACCUCGUCCCCAACACCUAAACCAAAUCCUCCACAUCCUCGUUGCCCACCCUCAUUUUAUUCGUCCCGCAUUUGACCUCUUUAAAUAUGCUCAACAGUAUGGAGUCUUGCCCAACACGACAUCUUAUAACAUUCUCAUGAGAGCCUUCUGCUUCAACGACGAUUUAAGCAUUGCCUACUCACUGUUCAGUAAAAUGCUCACAAGAGACGUUUUGCCUGAUGUCGAGUCAUACCGAAUCCUGAUCCAAGGGUUAUGCAGGAAGAGCCAAGUGAACAGAGCCGUUGCUUUGCUGGAGGAUAUGCUCAACAAAGGGUUCAUUCCCGAUGCUUUUAUUUACACCACCUUGUUGAACAGUUUGUGUCGAAAGAAACAGCUCAGAGAGGCUUUCAAGAUACUCUGCAGAAUGAAGGUGAGAGGCUGCAACCCCGACAUGGUUCAUUAUAACACUGUCAUUUUCGGGUUCUGUAGACAAGACCGUGCCCUUGAUGCUUGCAAGGUGCUCGAGCAAAUGGCUGCAAAUGGAUGCCUACCCAAUUUGGUAUCUUAUAGAAUCUUGGUUCUAGGGUUAUGCAAUCAAGGAAUGUACGAUGAGGCUAAAGUUUAUGUAAAGGAGAUGGUUUCAAAAGGAUUACUUCUGCACUUUUCGGUGGUGCAUAUAUUUGGUAAUGGGAUUUGUUAGCCUAGGAAAGAUUGAAGAAGCAUGUGAGGCGGUGGAGGUGUUGUUGAAACAUGGAAACACUCUGCAUAUUGAUACAUGGGAUGGAAUCAUAGGUCAGAUUUGUGAGGAUGAUCCUCUAGGUUUGGGAGAUUUAUUUCAAGAAAUUAAUAAGGCGGAGAUAAAGCCAGACUCAAGAAUAGUGGAUAUAGGUGCUGGUUUUGGAGAUUUUAUAAUCAAUAAAAUUAAAGGCAGUUCAAGAAUGGUUUGAUUCCUCUUCUUGGAAGGGGGAAAGUGAUGACCAUAUGCUGAAGCAAGGGCUGUUUACAGGCUUAUUUUCAUCUGUGCACCUUUGAAAAUGAAUCAGCAAAAUCCUCGCUCGUUGUUACUGUCCUGAGGAAUGUCCGUUUCUAUUUCUUGUAAUCGAUGUGAUGUGAUUUCCAUCAUUUGCAAUGGAGCCAAAGAUUUAUUAUUUUUUGGCUUGAGAUUAUGAUGUAAUAAAGCAAAAUGGCUCACUAAACUGUCUGUGCUUCUUUGUUAUGAAGCAACAGUCAGUACAUGCAAUUUUGGUCGGGAUUUUCACUAUGGGUCAUCCG